CUGUACGGUGCGCUGCAGUAUAGUGAGAAAAAGGAAAACUUUCGCGUAAAUAAAUAACUGCGGUUUUCGGAUCAAAAUUUACGUGUUUCGCGACCGGAAAAUUACACCUGUCGAUCGCCGGAAGGUCGGCAACUAUGGAAUACACGUGCGGAGAUCGGAUUCAGUGCGGGAACCGUGCCGAAAAGUGCUUUUCCGUGAGAUUUUUUCCAUACCAAAAGAAGGAACAGCAGCAGCAGCAGAAGUAGUGGAGCGGAAAAAAGUGAAAGAAGCUGCGGGGAGUGAGGAGAAAGAUAGCCGCGGCUCGACUUCUGCCGCGCCCCCUCAUCAAGCAGUCAUCGACUUGGCGUUUAAAUUUUGUACCUUUUUUCGGACCCGGACGAGGCAACCUGAGUGCGGGGAAGCAAGCACCUUGGACGGAGUUUUAUUUGGAGACGACGGACUGACAGAAAAAAAAGAUAAACUAAUAUAAAUAAUAUAAAAGCUCCCACUUGGAGUGUUGACAACCUCUAGCAGUCCACCAUCAUGUCCAAGUGGAAUAAAGGGCACGGGCUGAUCGUUCCGAUCGAUUCCCUUCUCAAGGAGAAAGAAAACACAAACCGGCCGGCUCCACUCCGAUCGGCUGGGCUGGUAGGCCGCUGGGGUAUAACAAGCUUCACUUCGAUACGCAACACCAGCUACGAGUUCGAAAGCACCAGCCCGAAGGAGUCGGAUGACCUCAACUGCCCGUCGAACGUGGCGAGCUUGUCCACGCAGGUCCCCAAUCCGAUUAAGCCGAAGAAGUUCUUCAAAAGCCGCAAUACGCUUCCUCCGGUUGCCAUCGCUACGCCGGAUCCUCAUCGGGAUUCCUCGGGUUAUGGUAGCCCACAGCCGAAAAGCGUUCUGCUGCAUCAAGCGGCGCAGCUUCAGGCCCGGAUUGCCCACGAUGCCGGCGGGAGUCCACCCUACAUGCCGGCUGGGUACUAUCAACCUCUGGGUGCUUCAUCAGCCGUAGAUACUAAGGUCCGCAAUAAGAAAAAAUCAAAGAAGAAGAAACAGAAGGAACCCGAUGCCAACACUGUGGAAGAACCUUCAGAACCGGUAGAAGAAUCCGCUAAAAAGGAAAAAACAGAACCGAAAAAAGAGAAGAAACAGAAAAAGGUCAAGAAGGAAGUGGCUCUGCCACCGGAGCUACCCAAACGGAACUCGUCCCGGAUUAGGAACAAAGUGGUUAACUAUAACGAAGAUGAUGAUAGUUUCGAUAUGAUUCCGUAUCGGGAUGAAGUGUCGCGAACUCCGCCGGUUUCAAAACUGGCAUUGGAGCCGGCUCCAGUGCCAGAAGUGUCACCAACAACGGAAUCGACCCAAAAACCUGUUGAAAAAGAAGAAGUGGAGGAAGAAGAGGAAGAGGACGAAGAAAAUGGUGAAAAAGGGCAGGCAGUGAAUCUAGAGGAAUUAGUACAGGCGCCGGCGCCUGGUGAAAAUGUUCCGGAAAAUUCGGUAGUGGCCAUGCCAGAUCCGCCGCCGGUCGGGCUGGCAAGUCCUACGAAAUCCGGCAGUGGAGGAAGUGGAACGGAAGAUCGUGUACGAACGAGGGAACGCGGCAAGGAAAUAAAGACGAUACCGGUGCCGUUGGCGUCACCCUCCGUGCUUGAGCAUCCACCGAUUGUGCUGCGGAUAUCGAAGGGCACCUCCCGGCUGGUCAGCACUGAUAGUGAAGAUGUCCACUCGCCACCGCAUGGCACAGUGGUGCAACCUAGUGCGGUAGCGCCGCCGGUCAUCUCCCAUCAACCAACACCCCCAACCUCGCAAGAAUCGGAACCUCCGGCGCCGAUUGCAGAACCCGCCAUUAACCUUGCGCCGUCUGCCUCAGCCGCCUUCAUCACCGGCCUGACUCCCCCGGAAGAGGAACCGAAGAAAGACGACUUGAAAAUCAAAAUCACCCUCAGCAAAGGUCUCAUCAGCAAUGGAAAUACUAAGCACAAAAAGGAAAGCAAAAAGGAACUGAGGCAUUUCAAGAAGCGUGCGAUUGCCAGGGAGAAGGGCAGGAGCAGUAAGCGUGCCAAACGGGGAGACGAUUUUGAAACGCAGGAAGAAGACGACGAACGCAAAGACGAGGAACUGCUCGGUGGGGUUGCGGAAGAUCUUCGAGUAGACCCCAUUGUUCUACCAAAUAUAAGGCCACAAUUCCCUCUUCCGGGAACGGACGCCUACGAACUGUACAGAACGCUCGCUUCCCCCUCUGGUGGGGACGAUUUUGACUCGCAGAGCUCCAUUUUAGGAAGCGCAUCAUCCAACAACACUCCAAAGCAUGCUGGAUUAGCUGCGGCCGACGAUUGCCGUAUCAUCCACAGCCGAGGAUCCAGUGACUGUGGAAGUGAUUUGGAACUAUCGCAAAAUAGUUCAACAGCUGCAGCACCACCUUCGGAGAUCAAUUUCGAAAGUGAGAAUACCCAAGACAACAAAGAAGAGGAAGUGAAAGAAGCAGCAAAACCAGUUGAAGAGAAAAAGGAUCCACCGAAAGAAGAGAGAGUUGAGGUGUUAAAGCUUAGUUUGAAGGGAACCCGAUCGACAAGAACAACUCGAAGCGGGAUGAAGAGCACUGCUCAGAUCGAAGUAAUUUCCCGACCGGAACCUGUUCCGGUUCCGGCUGCAAUAAGCUCCCCUGAGCCACCGGUCAAGAAGUUUGGCCGAGCCACACGAAAUCGUAACAAUAAUAACAAUGUGGUGGUGCCUGAAGUGGAAACGGUCAAAGAAGUGGAACCCGUGCCGGAACCAGCUCGAGAACCUUCUCCCCCGCUCGCUCCAGUUCAGAAAACGGCUACCCGACAAUAUAGCAGGCGGAAAAAGAACGUCGUACCGCCCGACUAUCAGCAAGAACUGUUGACCAGUCCGAAACCGCCUGCGCUGGAAGCAAUCGACUCUGAACCCCCGCCUUUCACACUGUCAUCGGAGAGUGAAUCCGCUCUGGCAUCGAUAAAAUCUCCACGAACAACCACCUUACCAACAGGACUAGAUCUCACAACCAAUUCCAGCCGGUCGGAAUUGGUGACUGCCGUUGUACAGGAUGAGAACAAACCUGAGCCAACAGAGUACAAAAUUAAGAACAAGUUCAAGAAAUCUUACUUCCGCAGCGAAGAGAUGGCCAAACAACAGCAGCUUCAAGAAAGCCGACCACUCGCCGAGACCUCCGGAAAUAAUGCGAUACCUUCGGCGGCACCUGCAAGCACCCUUACUGUUCCUCCCAUUACCAUUCCAAUUGGUUCGUCCAACAGCAGUAGCCAUCAGUUGACUACCACUCCGGACCAGCAACAACCGGUUAAGCUGGUGAUCUCGAAGAAAAAGGGCAGCAUUUUCAAAAGUCGUCCCCUGACAGGUAGUGCGGAAGCCGCGGAUAAAAAGCGACACGUCUACAAGCACAAAUGGGAUGACGACGAUGACGAAGGGAAGGACAAAGGUGCGAUGGAAGAAACCGAUGCGGAGAAACAGGCGACCGUAUUCGAAGGUGAACCUUCCGGACUUUCCAGGGUUACGAAACUGCGAAGCUCCGGAGGUGCUGGUAGCGAUUUUGAUGAUGAGUUCGAUUUCGAUACCAAACUCAAGUGUGACCGAGAUUCCAAGCCUUACUACACGGUGGUGCGGAACGUCAAGAAAGCCCACCAAAUUCAGGAGAUUGGGGAGUUCCAAGAGAUGGACGAUGAUGUCGAGUACAUUCUGUCAGCGCUACAACCGGACAAUCCGAGUGCGACACGCUGCCUUUCGGCAAUGACCCUAGCAACCAAAUGUAUGACACCUGCCUUUCGGAUGCAUGUGCGAGCGCACGGUGUUGUCACGCGGUUCUUUAAAGCCCUCCGCGAUGCCCAUACUGAUUACAGUUUGGGCCUCUGUACGGCCACCAUCAUGUUCGUGUUGUCCCAAGACACGCUUAAUAUGGAUCUCGAUCGCGAUUCGCUAGAACUGAUGCUGAACCUGCUGGACACGGACCACCGAUCCGUAUCCGAUGGAGAUCUCAGUAAAGGUCAACUCGAGAAGAACCAGCAAAAGGUUCGGGAGCUUUGCGAAGAAAUCAAAAACUCCGGCAAAGCAAAACAUAUGGACCUUGACAAUAUUACCAUGGGAUCGCUGGCAAUGGAAUCGCUGUUAUCCCUAACCUCGAAACGUGCGGGGGAAUGGUUCAAGGAUGAACUACGAAAUCUCGGAGGAUUGGAGCACCUCAUCAAAACGGUAUCCGAAUGCUGUCGACAGAUCUCCAACUACGUGGUCGAAUGGACGGAUGACCUGCUCUCGAAGCUGCAGAAAAUUGAACGCUGCUUGCGGGUGCUGGAGAAUGUGACCAUUCUGAACGAGCAAAACCAGAGCUACAUUCUCAACUAUAACAAUGGCAGCAUGAUCACGACGUUGGUCAAACUUUUGAAGCUGGUUGAUGGUGAAGUGGUGCUAAACCCGACCACGGAGCGUACUCCCAAGGAGGAUCGAGGCGUUGUGUUACGAGAUGUCAUCCCGCCAGUGCUCAAGAUCUUUAUCACUUUGACGCAUCCGUUUAAUGAGAAUGCUUACGGCGCCAGCGUGAUCGGAGCGCAACCACACGUGAUUACCACCUCGCUGCACCUGCUGUUGCGGGUGGGAGACUACGUACCACAGAAGUUUAUCUUCGAAAUGAACAUUCUGGUGCUUCUGUUCCUGAUCAAUCUGACCAUGUACACGCAAGCCAAUCGGCACCACCUGAUGACGGCGCGAGCUCCAGAUGAAUUUGGUGGCGUGUCCCCUGAAUGUAGUCGGCCAACCCGGGGGACAAAGACGGCAACCCAACAGGAAAUGGCCGUCGAAGCGUUGGUAGAUUACUUCUACCGGCAGGACGAACUUGCGAGGUACGCCGAGAAAAAUACGGAUGCCAUUCUGGAUGCCAAGUCGAAGAAGAACCAAGACAUCGAAGAGACAGUUACCAAAUUACUCCAGAAAGCGGGCCACCACAUGGAGCAUACUCUAAUGGCCAGUUACGUAGGACUGCUGAUUGGCUGGAUCGUAAUGGGCAGCGACGAAAACGAGGCCACCGUCCGGUCAUACCUGAAGGAAAACAAUUUCGUAAUGAUGGUCGCCUCGCUGGAAAAGUACUACAACUUCCUCAAUCUGACCGCCAACUCGGACGCCCUCAGCUUGCAGCACGUCCGACAGACCAAAAACAUCAUCGACAAUCUGAAGCGGCUGGACUCGGGCGAUAGGCAGCAGCCACAAGCGUCGACCAGCAGUCAGUCAACAACGCUGGCCACCGCUUCGUCGUCUUCAACCACCGCCACCGCAGCCACUCCGCAACGUUAUGGAUCUCGGUCAUCGACCAGGGCACACUACUGAUAGACGCGGGCGAACCGCCGAUGUCAACCGGUAGAGUUCUGAGCGUCUAGUACUUUAACUACACGAACUCGUCUUUUUAGUAAGUUGUAAUCGUAUCUAAAUUGCUGUGCGUGAACUAGAAUUGGUUUUAUUUUACCUAGCUUAACCUGCCCUUUCCAGGUGGAGAAGGCUCUCUUUUCGUUCUUCUUGUUUUGGUAUGAUUCCUAAAUAGGAGAACGGAAGGGCAAUAUUUUGUAAAUUAUAUUCGCUUUUAACACAAAGCUCCAUAAUUUUAGACUAGAACUGUAUAAAUAGGAUUGGAUGUCCGAACCAAAAUUGUAAAAAAGCGCUUUGUUUUUUCUAAAGUGAAAUUAGCAUACCAUUAUAAAAAAAAACAUACGCAUUACAAUUGUGUGUUUUCGAAUUGCCUAAUUUGAAAUAUUUAACCGUAAAUUUCUCAGUUUUCGCGUCCUUUCAUUAGCUGGUAAAGUCUGUGUAAGUCUAACUCUAAUCGUUUAAGUGUAGAUUCACUUGGAAGUAGUUACAUUUGAAAACACUAACGCCCUAACUGUAUGUGAGUUUGUGUCUAUAAAUAUAUAUUUACGUGAGCGUGGAUGUGCUGUGUCUUGUAUGUGUGAAGUUCGAGCGAAAAAUCUCGUUUCGUCAUAAAUGCAAAAGCCGUAAUUGUCGUAAUGGUAGUUUAAUUGUAUAUAGAGGGGCGAUAACAAAAGAUGAUAUAAGAACACAAUUCUUCAAGUGUUUGUUAGAACAGUUCCGAUUGAUACAAUGAGAACAACGGAACAGAACCAUGAGUGGCGCGUAAGCAAGUACGAAGUACACUUUUGUUCUCCUUAUGUAGCAUAAGCCUCAUUGGAGUGUGAGGAUCAAUAAUCUACUUUAUUGAGUAAUAUUUAGAGGGAGAAACCAAUUCGAGGGUAUAAGCAAGCAUUACUAGAGUAUUAGUGGCAGUGCAGCAGCGGAGGAGAAUAAGGUCGUGUACAUAUGAUAGUGAGAACUAAUGGUAAUGUAUAUUGUUUAAAUUAUUAAGAUGCAUAAACAAACACAAAGCGACAAAAAGAAAUAGUCGUGGAAGGAAUACUUUUUAAUAAAACUCUUUGGAAAAUUUA